AUGUUAUGGAUUAUAGCAUUAAUAUAGUUCAUUAAUGGAACACCUUGCGGAUACACUUUAGAUGAUAAUAAAGUACCCAUAGAAACAGAUAAAGAGCCCUGGAUUAUUGAUAAAUUAAGUUCAUGUCAAUUCUAUGAGAAAACUCCUGUUUGUUGCACUUAAUCAUAAGAUGAAGGAAUUGGAAGUGAUUUUCUCUCAUUAGAUGCCACAUUUGGAAGUGAUGGUGAUAUGUAAAUAACUAAAAAAACAAUAGUUGUGCAGCAAAUAUGAAAAGAUUUUGGUGUGCUUAUUCAUGUGAUCCAAGAUAGGGAGAAUUUCUUAAAAUCACUGGCAGAGCCAAUGUCACUGAUCCAAGAAAUCCUAAUAGAACCAUUGAUGUAUAAACUGUAACUUUACGUAUACAUCCUUAAGUGGCAUGUGUAAUUAAAAUAGUCAUCAUAAGGAUGUAUUUUCUUCUUGUAAACGAACAAACUUUGCUUCUUAAGUAAGUGCCAUGUCAACCCCUGGUGGAUUCUUUACUUUUUAAGCUGAAUAAGGAGUGUAUGAUAUGAUGUAAUUAAUUAGUUCUUCAUCUCUUUAAUUAAUUGCUAUAGAGUUUUCUGAAUAAAAUUCUUUAGUUAUGCCUAACAUAGAUAAUUGCAAUCAAACUUUUGAAAAGGCUGAUGAUGGAAAAUUUUAUGACCCAUAUAAAUUUGAAAUCAAAAAGCCUUGUGGUUGUAAUACUUGUGAAGACUCUUGUGAUUCUGAAAAAAUUUUAUAUUAAGAACCAGGUUCUUGUAAAUAUUAUAAGUAGGAGUCUUUUAUGGAUUUGAUUGGCAAUAUGUAUUAUUUGCAUGGGGUUGGGCAAUAUUAUUUGCUAUCGGUCUUACUCUUUAUAGAACAUGCAUAAAAAAGAAUGUCAUAUUACAAGAUGAUGAAGAUUUUAUUUAUAAUUGA